AUGGUUCUCCCCGCCCUUCGCUCCGCGACCCGCCUGCCCGCUCCCGCCGCGCUCUCGCGCACGCUCGCCCGCACGGCGGCGUACAGCACGGCCAACAUCCCCGGCGGUGCGCCGGCGCCGAAGGCCAAGGCCGCGGCGCCGGCUCGCCCCGCUCCUGCUGCUGCUGCUGCUGCUGCUUCCCCCGCCGCCCGCGCCCCGCGCCAGCGCCAGCAGAACUUCAAGCCCGCCAACCGGUACCGCGAGGACGAGCGCCGCGCCGGCGCGCCGCCGCACUUCAUCACGCUCGCCGACCUGACGCCGGCCGAGAUUGAGAAGCUCGUGCGCGAGGCGCUCGCGUUCAAGCUGCUGCUUAAGCGCGCCGGCCCCAACUCGGUCGUGCAGUCGCUCAAGAACCGCUCCACCGCGCUCAUCUUCUCCAAGCGCAGCACGCGUACCCGUGUCGCGUCCGAGACGUCGGCCAUCACGCUCGGCGGCACGCCCAUGUUCCUCGGCUCGCAGGACAUCCAGCUCGGCGUCAACGAGACGCUCGAGGACUCUGCGCGCGUGAUCUCAUCCAUGGUCGACGGCAUCAUGGCCCGUGUCGGCGCCCACUCGGAGAUCGAGACCCUCGCACAGUACUCGGCCGUGCCCGUCGUCAACGCCCUCUCGGACCUGUACCACCCCACGCAGAUCCUCGCCGACAUUCUGACGCUCGUCGAGACGUACUCGACCAUCAAGGUGCCCGAGGAGGUGUUCAACGAGCCCAAGGUCCACACCGCCGUGCGCAAAUGGGUGCACGACAAUGUCGACGUUGGCGCCGCGCUCAAGGACAAGAAGGUCGCGUGGGUCGGUGACACCAACAACAUUAUCAACGAGAUUAUCGUCACUCUGCCGCGUCUGGGAUCUACCGUGUCGGUCGCCUCCCCCAAGGGAUACGACAAGGUCGACCCCCGUGUCUGGGAGCGCAUCACGUCCGCCGGCACCGAGUCCAAGAUCCAGCUGACCAACUCGCCCGCCGAGGCGCUCAAGGACGCCGACGUGGUCGUCACCGACACGUGGAUCUCGAUGGGCCAGGAGGACGAGAAGGCGGCGCGUAUCGCCGCGUUCGCGGGCUACCAGCUCACCAACGAGCUCAUCACCGGCUCUGGCGCCAAGCCCGACUGGAAGUUCCUGCACUGCCUCCCGCGCAAGCAGGAGGAGGUCAACGACGAGGUCUUCUACGGCGACCGCUCGCUCGUCUUCCCCGAGGCCGAGAACCGCAAGUGGACCAUCAUGGCUGUCUUUGAUGCCUACUUUGGCCGGUGGCACCGGGCGUAG